UUAAGGACAGCGUGCUCUGUUGUUGUCAUCUAUUGCUCACAAGUUCAGAACUUGUGCUGCCUUGUGCUUUAUUUACUUCUCCCUUGCUGGAAUUAGUUUUAGAGACAUGAUGCCAGAAUGGUGUUGUGACAUCUGGCGACAGAAAGAAGGAGAUUAUGAAGUGCUGAGUCAUAUCAAAAGCAGAGUCCUUGCUAGGGAGCUGUGGACUUUAGGUCCAGUAGUGAGUCUGAGAUGAAGAAAGGAAAGACUGAGAGGUCCAACCUGAAGGACUCCCCUCAGGAGAAUGUGCCUACAAACAAGUACAGCACCAUCCCUCUUCCUGCCUCGCCUGAGGUCUACGAGGACAACUUCAACUCCACAUACUUUGAAGAGAAGGUUCCAGUUCCCAGAGAUGUUGACCAGGUGUUCAGUUUCCGUAAGCUCUGGGCCUUCACUGGACCAGGGUUCUUGAUGAGCAUUGCUUACUUGGACCCUGGGAACAUCGAGUCUGACCUGCAGUCUGGAGCUAAAGCUGGCUUUAAGCUCUUAUGGGUGCUCCUUGGAGCCACCAUCAUCGGUCUGCUGUUGCAGAGGUUAGCUGCACGCCUGGGGGUCGUCACUGGGAUGCACCUGGCAGAAAUCUGCAACCGCCAAUAUCCCACAGUUCCUCGGAUCAUCCUUUGGUUAAUGGUGGAACUGGCGAUUAUUGGUUCAGACAUGCAGGAGGUCAUUGGCUGUGCCAUAGCUUUUAACCUCCUCUCUGUGGGCAGGAUCCCGCUGUGGGCAGGAGUCCUGAUCACCAUCACAGACACAUUUGUGUUCCUCUUUCUGGACAAAUAUGGUCUGAGGAAACUUGAAGCCUUCUUUGGCUUUCUCAUCACCAUAAUGGCUAUUAGCUUUGGUUACGAGUAUGUUGUGGUUAAGCCAGACCAGGUUGAACUGCUGGAGGGGAUGUUCAUACCGUACUGUUCAGGCUGUGGGCCUGUGCAGUUGGGACAGGCAGUGGGAAUUGUUGGAGCUGUCAUAAUGCCACACAAUAUCUAUCUGCACUCUGCACUGGUCAAGUCUCGAGAUAUCGAUCGCAAUGAUAAGAAGGAAGUGAAGGAAGCCAACAAGUAUUUCUUCAUCGAGUCAACUAUUGCACUCUUUGUCUCCUUCCUCAUCAACGUCUUUGUUGUUGCGGUCUUUGCCGAAGCCUUCUACGAUAAAACCAACAUGCAAGUGAAUCAAGAGUGUAAUGCAACUGGCAGCCCUCACACAGAUCUCUUCCCUCUAAACAACGCCACACUGGCGGUGGACAUUUACAAAGGGGGAGUUGUCCUUGGCUGUUUCUUUGGACCUGCAGCCCUUUACAUUUGGGCAGUCGGGAUCCUGGCAGCUGGACAGAGUUCCACCAUGACAGGCACUUACUCCGGGCAGUUUGUCAUGGAGGGUUUCCUGAACCUGAGGUGGUCCCGUUUUGCUCGUGUGCUACUUACACGUUCCAUUGCCAUCACGCCUACUCUGCUCGUGGCCAUUUUUCAAGAUGUUCAACAUCUGACAGGGAUGAAUGACUUCCUCAACGUGCUUCAAAGCAUGCAGCUCCCAUUUGCCUUGAUCCCAAUCCUGACUUUCACCAGUCUGCCCUCCAUAAUGAACGACUUUGCAAAUGGAUUAUUGUGGAAGAUAUCCGGAGGCUUGAUGAUCCUGGUGAUAUGUGCUAUCAACAUGUACUUUGUGGUGGUUUACGUCACAACACUGGACAGUACCCUGCUCUACGUCCUCGCCUCCCUCCUCUCUGUAGCCUAUCUGUGUUUUGUUGCCUACCUGGUUUGGUACUGCUUGGUUGCCUUGGGAGUUUCCUGCCUGGACUUUGGCAGCCGGGUAAGCAAGCGACCUGCUGUGUUAAUAGAGGAGCAGUCUGAGUCCGACUCGUAGAGCUGAGCAGGACACUAACCACCAGCAUUCCUCUGUCUUCUUGGAGACUCUGAGCCAUGUACUGAACAAGGACUCUGUUAGAGCUUGAAAACAAGAUUCCUGUCAAUGCCACAUGUAUUUUUUUGUCAAGCUAGGAGUCACAAUUUGGUGCUUUAAGUUACCAAGAGAAUCAAGUUAAAACCACACCAGCAUAGAACAUUCAGAGCCAAUGUGUGAUGCUCAAGAAAAGCUAAAAGGAAAUGUGCAGCAGUUGAUACAUCUGUAACCACUGGGGCAGCAAAGGAAUAAUAUCAGUAUCUAAAAAAAAAGGGGAGCUUCAGCUUGUCACCCCAUGUUUAUGAAAACAUGCUGCAGAUGGUCUCUGGUUGGUGACACUUUUAUUCCCGUAGUCAGAAUAACCCACGGUGUCAAUUGAAGCUCAAGCUUCAUUCAUAAGUUCUAGUGAUAAAAGACUUCAUCUAAUAAGAACAGGUCUGGUUAUCAGUAUAUUGAGUAUUAACUACAGUGUUUGGGACCACACCGGCAAAUCUUUACACAAGUAUAGCAGAACAAAGGGAACAGUUUACUAAAGUGUUGAUAAAGUUCAUUUUAGGGCAGGAUUGUAUUGGUCCAAAAUUCCUAUAAUGCUACCACAAAGAAAUUUUCAGUAUGAAAGUGAAAUUUUAUUGAAGAUGUUGCAUCUGCUGUGAAAACAUUACAGGCUUAAGUUUAUCUGCUGAAUAAGCUGUUAAGGUUGAACUUUGGUUAAGUAUUGUUAUGCUUCAGACAAAGAACAAAACCAGCAUUAUAUAGUUUCUGUUCGGUAAAGCCUGACAUAACUAUAUAAAUAAUACAGAUCUUUUAGAACUUGUCUUUCUCCAGCUGUGGUCUACCUCAACAUCCUCAUGUUUUCUACUGAACAGUUUCACUGAGUAACGUCUAACAGCUAAUACCUCUAAUUGGAAAAACAAAAAUUAUGCAGUUCACAUGAAGGUUGUUAUAAGACACCUACUUUUACAAUAAUCACCAAAUAAUAUCCAGCCCCAAAAAACGUAUGGUUAGGGCUUUCGAGUUUGCAGCCUAGUCCUGUCUAAUAUAUCCAAGAAGCACAAGUGUGAAAUCAGAGACAAUUGAUAACUUUCAACCUUCCUGUAUGGAGUCCCAGCUGCAGCCAAUACUAGUCAUCAGAGAGACAAACAAGUCUGUCUUUUAACUUUCCUGACUAAGUUUUUUUUUUUUUUAAAUUAGAGCCUUUAGAUUAAGUCAUAUUUCUCUCAUACGUAAAACUUGCCUGCAUAUAGGGUUAAUUCUUUCAGAGAGCUGAACGUUUAUAAAACUCUUAUGAGGCUACUUAUCUCAUAAGAUCGGCCUCUUAUGAAGUGCAAAUUCAGUGUAAUAAUGAGCAUCACAUGAGCUUUACCAUGGGAUUAUCAACUGACAACCUCAUCCUCAGAACAAGUCUCAGUAACAAGGAUCCCUGUUGCUUGGGUUGAUCAAUAAUUUAGCAGAAGUCAUCACUGUUAGUGUAAAUAGAGAAAAUUAGCUUGUUGCACAGUGAAGGAUUUGUUAGAUAAAGAAAUAAUCUGCAUAAAAAUUGAUUUGUUUUUGCUUUUCUAAAGUGAAAGAAGGGAAGCACUUCUUUCAUUUAAUAAAACUUUGUAAGGAAACUAAUUAACUGUACUGCUAUGCAAAGAGGGAAAUGAGCUGCCUAUUGGGCAGGACUGAUUGGAUGUAAAGUCUGUUUAAAGAAAAGUAAAAGGAAGCCCAAUAAGUACCUGUGAAGUUAUUCAGGUACAGCUCUGAGAGCUUUAGGAUCUUUUUGACAGUUCAGAUGGUAGGUGUUUAUGAAUAAAAGUCCCAACAGGAAUUUAUGUCCUCCCCCUUCAACACUUUUUUUUUAACUUUGCUUUAUCUUUAACCUAUAAAAACACUAUAUAUACACACACACACUAUAUAUAUAUAUUCACUAAUAAUACUACCAGAUAUAUACAUUCAUAGAAAGAUUACCUCUAUAACUUCAUUUCAAGCAUACAUGCUUAGUAAGGGAAAAUAUUUCAUAUUUUAUUUUAAAAAAGCCAAGUGCCAUCAUUUUCGCACACUGAGACUUCAGCAAGCACCCUCUCUGCCGUCACACAGCCAAGUCUCUCCACAUGGGGCAACAUAAAAAAUCUAAGCAGCAGGGCUUUGAUAAAAUGUGGAAGGAAAUCUCAGAAAAGGUGACUAAAUUCAUGAAGUGCAGGUACAGUCUGAAUUUUCCAUUGUUAAAUAAAUAAUUAUAUCAUAACUUUUGCUAAUAGGCUGUAAUUAUUGUACUAAAGCACCAAAUGUAGCAAUAUCCACUUAAGAUAUACUUCUUGACCAGUUCAUGUGUUGGGUUAUGCCACAAUCACUGCAAACUCUCAGGUUUCUCUACAAGUUGUUAUUGUAUUAAAUGUUCUCCUCAUUGUGGUGGUUAUGGCAGAGCUGCAGGUCUCUGGUUCAGAGUUCUCAGAAGUUUUCUUCGAGUUCUUCAGAUUUUUCAUCGUGGUGGUCGAAAUGUAACUUACUUAGCCCACUGUGAGUUCAUGGAGGGUCUUCAGAGCACCUGUCUGAGAAAUAUAAAUGCUUUUGCACAUUUGUACUGUUACAGAAGAAAGUUUGAAGUAGUGUGCACUGAACUUAUCGCUAAUUUCUGCUCUUUAUGAUUAAAUGAAUACUGUCUGUUGUUGCUACUGGAUAAAGAACAUCAUGUGUUCAUAAUAAAUGGGAAGUACUGCA